AUGGCGUUCCACUCAGAGAUUUCAUUCCAAAGAGGCGGUGAGGUUGAAGUCUGCAGCAAAGUUCCAGAGUAUAUAGGCUCUUACUUUGAAGCGACCAUUGUAGCAAGAAAGGGUAACAACUAUGUGGUUCAGUACAAGAACCUGGUGGAGGAAUAUGACGAGUCUGUACCUUUGAAAGAGAAAGUAAUGGCCGAUGAGGUCCGCCCUUUGCCGCCGGAAGUUACCGAGGCUACUGAGUUUCAUGUCGGUACUAGGGUUGAUGCGUACGACCUUGACGGGUGGUGGGUUGGUACAAUUUACUCUGAGAGAAAUGUGUAUGGUUAUCACCUUGUGUUUUUCGAAACCACCGGGGAAGUGCUUCCUUAUUCACUCCGGGAACUGAGAGUUCAUCAAGAAUGGCGUAAUGGAAAGUGGGAUGUAUCUUCCACGAAGAGGAAGAGGCUCCCUUUGAUGCUUUAG